AUGUUUGGAAAGGUUUUACUGCUACAUGUAUAUCAAGUCGUCGGUUUCGCUAUCUACUUAAGAGGUGAAAGGUCUGUUGGUGUAUUGAUUCUUUAUGAUAAUGCUACGUGUAAUAUUCGUUAAUAUAAUAAAGAUGAUAAGAUAAACGAGCUCAUUUCUGAUACCCGAGGGCUUCUUUCUGGAUGAGUUUUAACAACAACCAGAUGUACAGCAUGCUUCUUAACUUCAUCGGGACUCUCCUGGUCUUGAUGCCCGCAGCUCAGGCAUGGAAUUACAAACAUGUCGGUAGCGUUCCCGUGGAAAAGGCCGCUUUCUCCUCACUUCAUAGAGUGGGUAGCACUGAGAAGUUCGAUCUCUCUGUUAGUACGUUCAAGUCAUCUGUAAAAUAUGAUGUCGUGUACGUUUUCAGAGACGUCGGUGGUCAGCUCUUGAAUGGAGGGUCGUGGAAUCCAGGGAAUAAUCUUCAAAAAGAAGUUCUUGUUGACGGUUUACUUUGGCCAAAUGAAGUUGAGCCCGUCCCAGUAAAUGCGUUUGAAGGGGAUGAGAAGGAUUAUUGGUGGGUAGCCAACGGAUUCCUCGUCCCUGGUAAAGAACAGGGGAGCAUAGGACUCAUUGAAGCAUACGAAGCUGGCCAAGAUGGACGUUGUCCGUACCACAACUUGACCGACAACGGGCAGGGUGAGAAAUGGUGGUAUCACCGCGUUUACUUCGUGGACGCUGAUGGUGAUAACAAGCUGGAUAUGCUGACAGCUCGAGCCGACACGUCCGGACGUGGCGUACUUGCGGAGAUGGUCUAUUUUAAGCAACCAAGUUCCAAGCCAAUCACCAGCACACCUUGGGAUGUGACUGUCCUCUUCGACGGGCCCGAUGCUCUCUUCCGCUAUGAAAAGAUGUCCGUCAACUCGGCCACACGACAUGCCAUCUUCAGCUGCCAAUACUUCGCUGAGAAGCUGGUCGUAUCCUGGUCUGAUUCCAACCCUCCUGACUUCAAGAACAUGAACCAUCGUGUUAUCGAAGAUAUAGUAGAUAAUCGAUAUUUCGAUGCAGAGAUUGUUGAUCUCAAUGGAGAUGGUAAAGAGGACCUCCUUGUAUCGAUUAAUAGCAUGUCGAACGGUCAGUUGGUUGCCUUCGAGAUGCCCGAUAAUUGGGCUACAGGUACAUGGAAAAGACAUCUGAUCGCCGAAGGGUUCAAGCCUCAUGGUCCCAUUGUGACUGAGGGCAUGGGCUCUCCUGGUACAACAUUCACCUUUAAACCGGAUGCCUCCACUUUCACCAACAAACCUCAAAUUAUGCUGACAGGAGAUGAUGAUAGCAACAUCUACGUCUUCGAAAGCAUGGAUGACUCGGACCCAGCUAACUGGGAGUACUCCAAAACCGCCAUUUUCACUACUGAAACCGGAAAGGGGACCGUGGGCGCCCCAUCCGUCGGUGACGUCACCGGUGACGGGCUAGUUGAAGUCUUCGUUCCAGAAUACAGCGGCGACCUUCUUCAUGUGCUCAAGUACGAGCGUUAAAGGAGAAAUAAAUACUCAAAACCAGUCGAAUUCUAUAUGAUUAUGGAAAAUCUAAAAAACGGAUCAAGGUUUGAUAAAUAAUAAGAAAGUUAGAAGCAUUUGAAUACAUAGAUCACUAAUGCUAUGUAGAUCCUCCCAUUGGCAAUGUGACCAGAAUCUGUGAAGUCACACAAUUAAAAUCGAACAGUCAUGACAAUGGAAUUUCAUCAAUCGAUAUAAAAGAAUAACAGAAUAACAGAACUAACUGGAAAUAAAUAUUUAAUUUACAUUUUGACACUGGGCCUGUUAGUGCUGCCACAAGCCCAUAACAAGUAAUUCUUUACACUGUAAAAAAUGAAGUGCUAAUUUAGCACUUACAGUGCUUGUAUAGUGACUGCACUACGAGUGCCGAUUUUUUUUUAGUUCAAAUUUAAACUAGAAAAUCAGCACUCGUAGUGCAGUCACUAUACAAGCACUGUAAGUGCUAAAUUAGCACUUCAUUUUUACAGUGUAGUAAUGAAAAUUCCCUGCAAUAUCUUUUAAUUUAUUAAGAAUAUUAUUUCAAAAACUGAGUAUGUACUUACAUAAACAUUGAUUCAACAAACCUCCAUUAAUUUACAUUAAUUGAGAGAGUAGUUAUAUUUAAUUUCAUAUCUCCCAAACUGCUAUACAUUAUGUGAAUGCUAUGAAUCAUUGCAGUAUUAACUGAAAUUUAUUCAAUAUGUACAGUACAUGGGAAAAUUUCGCCUUGUUACCAAAUUGAUUAUGUGAAAUCAUUAUCAUUCUUUUCUGUAAUGAUGAUUACACUCAUGCAAAUAAAAGAGGGAUAGCUGUCAAGGGUGUUAUUACUACUGAAUGUAACGAAUAAAAUUAUUUGCUUAUGUGAGAGAAUAUA